UUCUGCAAUUUCACCAGCAAAGUUUUGAUAUUUAACAUUUAUGAGGUGGCAGGAAUUGGCAGAGGCGGUUGGGAGUGAAAUCAAGUGAACAUGCAUGGCAAUGUAAGGGGGAUGAUGGCGUGGAAACAAUGGACUCUUGAGCAGACGUGUUACAUCAGUCUUUGAGGAUAAGAGAAGGGGCUAGGCCCAAGGUUUGACAGAACAGCAACAGCUAAAUAUAUCAGAACAUAUGAAAAAUAUGCCAUGAUUGCAGAUGAGCUCCAUGUCCUUGGAAAAAAUAGUAUAGUUGGUAGCUGUUCUUCAUUUUUCACUUAUUGUCAAGGGUAAUUUCCUUGAAGUUAGUGCUAGAAUGUAUGACUGAUACGUGAUCUGCGUAAGAUCUGCUUCUUUUUCUCAGCAACUAAUCAGCAUCAUUUUUUUUUUUUUUAAACUAAACAGACGAUAUGCUGCUGCAGUGUAGGAGACGCGGUGAGAGAUUAUCCACUAGAGGGCGGAGAUAGUCAGAGAAUGUCAUGAUCGCCUCGAGAUUUUUCCUGCCUUCACAGAGAUGUGAAAAUGAUGGUCUGAGACUUAUUUACACGCCUCAUUCUAAUUUUUCGACUAUAGAUAUUCGUUGGCAAAUGUCUUAAUACACCGUAAUGUGCAUUCAAUUUGGUGUGAGGUGUUUUCCUACAAAACUUCCCUGAUGGCAAAAGGCCAGUUGACCACUGUCGGCCCACUGGGGGCAGAGAUGACUGUCCGCUGGCCUUUUGCUCAUUGGUUUUUCGGGCGGUCCAAUGGUGAGUUACAGACAAACGGCCCCCAUUUUGCCUCUUGCUUUAAAAACAUUUUUUUUCUUAAAUACAUUUAUAUUUCUUCAGUCACUUUUUCACCAACUCUUUCUUUUAUAGAUGUUGUAAGUGAUACGUUUUUAAUUGACCAAGUAAGCCCACCCUUCUAGUACCAUGAAUCUCUUAUGUUUAGUGACAUCUCUUAUGAAUUUUAAUUAUUAAUAUUAGUAACAUUAACCUCUAUAGGCUGAUAGAUUUAUUAACGGCGGAAGCAGCUUUUUUGGCGUCGAGAAAUAUGUCAUAAUGGUGUAUGUGACGUCAUGGAAUUUAGAACCAUAAAUCGCAGCUACUGCUCAAACAUCACAUUUGUAAUCGUACAUUAUCGCAUUAUCUAGCCUACUGUUUGCUCGUUAACUAAAUAUUUAAUAGUAUCCUAGUGUGAGUUUAGUAAGUUCAGAAAACAUUGCUUUGGAACAAUGUUGAAAAGAUUCUCGUCAGAACCAGGUGGUCUAGAUAGGCUUGGCUUAUUUACCACUCUUUCUGGCAGUAGUACACUUACGUUUUUGCCGGAACAUGGAGGUAGCAGCGUCUGUGGACAAGGGGAAGCCAGUCCCCGUAAACCUGAAGGUACAAGGCCUGAGUGUUAGUCUAUACUGACUAUUCAGUAUAAUUCCUGUAUCUAUGUAAAAUAAUUUCCAUAUGUUUUAUUUACAGAGACCUCAGAGGACAGUGAUACUCUACGUGCUGCAGAGGAACAGGACAUCUGGAGCUCCUCAGACUUGAAUCCACAAGAGAAAAGACACACUGUGGAUCUUCUGGACUGCAAGACCCGGCUUAUGAAAGCCAAUACUGGACUUCAGAUGGCCCUAAACGCCUGUGAGGAUUCCAAAAUUGACCUGGAAAAUGAGGUCACUUCCCUUAAGAAUCAGAUGAAAAGUAUGACGCAGGCCCUCCAUGGUUCGGAGAAGGUUAGGGAGGAAAUGGAUGAGCUCCAGGCAGCACUAGCCGAGAGUGAGAAGAUUAAUCACUGCCUCAAUGCAUCUUAUUAUAAACUGGAGAUACGAAACGAAACCUUGAGUCACCAGAUUGAAGCCAUCACUCAGGAGAUUUCUGACAUUUUGCCUGAGAGGGAGAUGGACAAAAGAAAGAUCAAAACUUUGAGUCAGCAUAUCCAGGUUUUACAGCAACAACUGGAGGAAGCAAAAAGGAUGCUUGAUGAAAGAGAUGGAAUCAUUUACAACAAAGAUGUAGUGAUUAAUCAGCAAAAAGCAUCCAUGGAUGAGUUGACCACCAUUGGACAGGGUCUGAGAGAGGAAGUCAAGAACUUGGAGGACCAGUUGGAAUUAGCACUGGUUAAUGAAGAGGGCAGUUUCCUGCACCCGGAUGGCACUUUCUCUGUGGCCACAGAGAACCGCCUCUCUCUAGCUGAAGAGCUCGGGCUGAUGGCUGGAUUUCAACAGGAAGAAUCUGAUGAUGAUGUGGAGGUUGAUGACGUCCUAAUGGGCUCAGAGGUCACUGCAUGGGAACUGAAAGAGGAGGUGGAAGAAGAUAGCUGCUUUGAGGAGAUGAAAAUCAACUGCAUGAAGGUGAUUGAAGUGAGUCCUGAGGAGAUCACAGAGAUCAUCAAGCAUGAGGAAGUAGUGGAGGUCGCCGGGAAUAAGGAGGUGAAGGAUUUCAUCCAGGUUGAUGAGGUAGAAGGCAUGAAAUGGAUUAAUGAGACUGUUGAAACUGAGGAAAUCAGCCAUCUUGAAGAGGUAAAUGAGGAGGACAAGGCUGUUAGACCUGAGAAGAUAGAGAUGGUCGGCAUGCUUGAGGAAGUAGAGCAAACUGUCAGACAUGAGGAGGUGAGGGAUCUCAUCAAACUCGAGCAGGAAAAAGAUGUGAAGGAAAUUUCCAGCAUUUUGGCCGAGGAAGCCUGCCAUCAUGAGGAGAUGAAGCCUGCCAUUGGACACAAGGAAGUCAGAGACAUCGAACUGGAGAUAAAGGCAGCCAUUGGACACAAGGAAGUCAGAGACAUCGAACUGGAGAUAAAGGCAGCCAUUGGACACGAGGAAGUCAGAGAAAUCGAACUGGAGAUAAAGGCAACUAAACCUGAGGAAGAUAAAUGGGCAACUGCUCAUCCUGAGGAGGUGAAGGAGUCUGUGAUGCAUCAGGAGGUGGAGGAGGCUGUCAGAACUGAGGAAGCAAAGGAUUUCAUCAGGCUUAAGGAGGUCCUUAAACAUGAGGAGGAGAGAGAGGAAGUGGGCCGUGUUGUUGAGGUGGAUGGCAUGGCUAGACUUGAUGAAGUUCAGGCUGUGGAGGUAGAGCAGACCCAGUUCUGUAUACUGGAUGAAGACCUUGCACCAGGGCAGAACAGCGGCGCGUGGCUGGAUGAAGCCUGUGAGAAGAUCAAAAGAGGUGCCCUGAUUACUGGAGCCAUUGGCCUUGGUGUCUUUCUUUUAUGGAAAAUAAAGUCUUAAACCUACUAAAA